GUGCACCUUCCCUUCUCAGCUGCCCUUCCCCUGCUGCCGCCAAAUCGUGCUUUAGCUUCAGCCGCUCCCCCAGUCUGCUCAUCGCCCCACUAUCAUCCAGCAAGCUGCCUCUUUCCUGCUGCCGCUAUAUCUUGCUUCACGCCAGCCGCCCAGCCAGCCUGUCGUCGCUCUGCCAUCACCCUGUGAG